UGCGCCCCGCGCAGUCCGCGCCGCCCGCCGCCAGCCCGGCCCGGGCGCCGCGGCCGACAAGGUCAGGAGACGAGAGGCGACGCGCGAGUGCGGCCGGAGGGAGCCGAGCGGAGGCGGCCGCGGCCGCGGCGGGGGUCUGUCCCCCCCGACCGGGCAGCGGGACUGAGGCAUGCGCCGGUGAGGACGAGGAGCAGCGGCGGCGGCGGCGGCGUUUCCUCCGGCCGGACUUGCCCUCGGGGGCCUCUCCGUGCGCGCCCCGGAGUGCAGCCCCGCCAGGCAGGGGCGCUGUGGAGGAUGGGGCCGGGGGGCCCGGCCCGCGCUGGCACCCCGCAGCCGGCGGCCCCGGGGCCGUGGAGGGCCCGGCCGGCGGGCGGCGGGGGCGCCUCCUGCCUGUGGGACGGGACCAGCUGGCUGCUGUGCUACGGCUUCCUCUACCUGGCCCUCUACGCGCAGGUGUCCCAGUCCAAGCCGUGCGACAGGACCGGCUCCUGCUUCUCGGGCCGCUGUGUCAACGCCACCUGCCUCUGCGACCCGGGCUGGGUGGGGGACCAGUGCCAGCACUACCAGGGCAGGUUCAAGUUAACAGAAACUUCUGGAUAUUUAACAGAUGGUCCAAUUAAUUACAAGUAUAAAACUAAAUGUACAUGGCUAAUUGAAGGCUAUCCAAAUGCAGUGUUAAGAUUAAGAUUCAAUCAUUUUGCUACAGAAUGUAGCUGGGAUCAUAUGUAUGUUUAUGAUGGAGAUUCAAUAUAUGCACCUUUAAUAGCUGUGCUUAGUGGCUUGAUAGUCCCCGAAAUAAGGGGAAAUGAAACUCGGCCUGAAGUCAGAACAUUUGGCUAUGCACUGUUACACUUUUUUAGUGAUGCUGCAUAUAAUUUAACCGGUCUCAACAUUUUUUAUUCAAUCAAUUCUUGUCCUAACAAUUGCUCUGGUCAUGGGAAGUGUACAACUAGUAUGUCUGUUCCAAACCAAGUAUAUUGUGAAUGUGAUAAAUACUGGAAGGGUGAAGCUUGUGACAUUCCUUACAGUAAAGCCAAUUGUGGAAGUCCAGAUCAUGGUUACUGUGACCUCACCGGAGAAAAACUGUGUGUCUGCAAUGACAGUUGGCAAGGCCCUGAUUGUUCUUUGAAUGUUCCUUCUACUGAGUCUUACUGGAUUCUGCCAAAUGUUAAACCCUUCAGUCCUUCUGUAGGUCGGGCUUCCCAUAAGGCAGUUUUACAUGGGAAAUUUAUGUGGGUGAUUGGUGGAUAUACUUUUAACUACAGUUCUUUUCAAAUGGUCCUGAAUUACAAUUUAGAAAGCAGUAUAUGGAAUAUAAGAGUUCUAUCAAGCAGUCCUCUCCAGAGAUACAGACACUCUCUUGCUUUAUAUCAGGAAAACAUCUUUAUGUAUGGAGGCAGAAUUGAAACAAAUGCUGGCAAUGUCACGGAUGAAUUAUGGCUUUUUAACAUACGUAGUCAGUCAUGGGGCACAAAAACUCCUACUGUUCCUGGACAUGGUCAGCAGCAUGCUGUGGAGGGACAUUCAGCACAUAUUAUGGAGUUGGAUAGUAGAGAUAUUUUCAUGAUAAUAUUUGGAUAUUCUACAAUAUAUGGUUAUACAAGCAGCAUACAGGAAUACCGUAUCUCAUCAGACACUUGGCUUGUUCCAGAAACUAAAGGAGCCAUUGUUCAAGGUGGAUAUGGCCAUACCAGUGUGUAUGAUGAAAUAACGAAAUCCAUUUAUGUUCAUGGAGGCUAUAAAGCAUUACCAGGCAAUAAAUAUGGAUUGGUAGAUGAUCUUUAUAAGUAUGAAGUUAACACUAAGACUUGGACGAUUUUGAAAGAAAGUGGGUUUGCCAGAUACCUUCAUUCAGCUGUUCUCAUCAAUGGAGCUAUGCUUAUUAUUGGAGGAAAUACCCAUGACACUUCCUUGAAUAACGGUGCAAAAUGUUUUUCUGCCGAUUUCCUGGCAUAUGACAUAGCUUGUGAUGAAUGGAAAUUAUUACCAAAACCAAAUCUUCAUAGAGAUGUCAACAGAUUUGGACACUCUGCAGUUGUCAUUAAUGGGUCUAUGUAUAUUUUUGGAGGAUUUUCUAGUGUACUCCUUAAUGAUACCCUUGUCUACAAGCCUCCAAAUUGCAAGGCUUUCAGAGAUGAAGAACUUUGUAAAAAUGCUGGUCCAGGAAUAAAAUGUAUUUGGAAUAAAAAUCACUGUGAAUCUUGGGAAUCUGGGAAUAAUAAUAUUCUUAGAGCAAAAUGCCCUCCUAAAACAGCUGCUUCUGAUGACAGAUGCUACAGAUAUGCAGAUUGUGCCAGCUGUACUGCCAACACAAAUGGGUGCCAGUGGUGUGAUGACAAGAAAUGCAUCUCAGCAAACAGUAACUGUAGUACGUCUGUGAAAAAUUACACCAAAUGCCAUGUGAGAAAUGAACAGACUUGUAACAAACUUACCAGUUGUAAAAGCUGUUCACUAAACUUGAAUUGCCAGUGGGACCAGCGACAACAAGAAUGCCAGGCUUUACCAGCUCAUCUUUGUGGAGAAGGAUGGAAUUAUAUUGGGGAUGCUUGUCUUAGAAUCAAUUCCAGUAGAGAAAGCUAUGACAAUGCAAAACUCUAUUGCUAUAAUCUUAGUGGAAACCUUGCUUCAUUAACAACCUCAAAAGAAGUAGAAUUUGUUCUGGAUGAAAUACAGAAGUAUACGCAACAGAAAGUGUCACCUUGGGUAGGAUUGCACAAGAUCAAUAUAUCCUACUGGGGAUGGGAAGACGUCACCUUUUACAAACACAACACUGCAGUGACUUCCGGGUGAACCAAAUGAUUCUGGGUUCUGUGCAUAUCUAGAAAGGGCUGCAGUGGCAAGGCUUACAAGCCAAUCCUUGUACAUCUAUGGCAGAUGGCCUUGUCUGUGAAAAACCUGUUGUCAGCCCAAACCAGAACGCAAGGCCAUGCAAGAAGCUGUGCUCUCUGAGGACGUCGUGUACCAACUGCACGAGCAACGGCAUGGAGUGCAUGUGGUGCAGCAGCACGCGGCACUACGUCGACUCUAAUGCGUGAUCUCCUUUCCGUAUGGACAGUGUCUGGAGUGGCAAACUACCACCUGCUCUCCUAAUUGUUCUGGAUUGAGAACCUGUGGACAAUGUUUGGAACAACCUGGAUGUGGCUGGUGCAAUGAUCCUAGUAAUACAGGAAGAGGACACUGCAUUGAAGGAUCUUCACGGGGACCAAAGAAGCUUGUUGGAAUGCACAGUAGUGAGAUGGCUCUUGACACCAGUCUUUGUCCUAAAGAAAAGAACUAUGAAUGGUCCUUUACCCAGUGCCCAGGUAAUAAAAAUGUGAUAAAAACAAAACAAAACAAAAGUUUGAAUAUUCAUCUCUCAGAAGUUGUGUACUGAUGUUGAGUAAAUGCUUGGACCCAGCGGUCGGGUCGUGGGGACAGCUCUGCAGUGUGGCCACCCACCCCCAUUCCUGGGCCCAUCUCCCCACGUGAUCCUUUUUCCCAUGGUCCAUUUUUGCUUUGGUUUUGGGUUUACACCCUUUGACAUUUUUUCCAGUGUGUCACAGGGGGCCUCCCAAGGGGCACGCUCUGCCCUGGGAAGUCUGUUAUGAUUCUGAAACCUUCUGUUUAUGUGCAGGUGAUGUGUUCCAGGCCUGUAAGGUCUGUUACUCAGGGCGGAGGCGGCCUCUGAGGGCACGGGGAACUGGGACUUGCUCUCCCAAACCGACUUACCUGCAGAAGUCCUGGCUCAACGAUACGGCUGUGGCCAAGGCUAAAUGGUAUUGUUUCUAGAAGGCAGUGAGGAUAAUGCACUUCAUUGACUUUCUGUCUCCCUCAGCAACAAAAUGAAAUAUAAAAAUGAACCCAGACUUAAAAAGGUGGACAUGUGUGGAUAUGAGCUGACACGAACAGCUGUAUGUUCUCUUCAGAGUAUAACUUUCCCAAAAGCCACGGAUGAAACCUUCCUCCUUGUCCACAGUGUCUUAGAUAUUUAAUACAUUUCAAACACCAACGACCUUGAAAGUAAACAGGAUGGUCAUUCCUAACGUCACUGAUCUUCUUGGAAACUGGCUGUAUGUGCACCGAGUGGUUCUUGCAUCUCUAACAAUAAUAAGGCAGCAGCCGGCCUUACGCUCCGACCGCCUGAUCCAGUGACUCUAAAAAAAUGAGACGUGCUGUCAAGUAAGCAUCUUCCAUUCAGGGAUGGAGGCCCCAGGCCAUGGAUGGAAACCGGGGCAGAACUAGCCAUGUGAUGUGACUCCUUUUCUGCGACGGUCUCUGUCCCCUCCUCCCCUUCCUCUGCAUCGGGGUGGACCGACGGGAAAACACAGGCACCUGCUAUAAACAGGCUUCGGCACGCGGGGGUGGGUGCGCCGCUCUCGGUGGUGCAGGAGCCCGAGCCGACUGCGCAGGGGCAGCGCAGCCCGGCUGGGCACCGAGUCUCCCGCACGACACACACACACAGCAUCCUGCGCCUCUCCCAGGCCCUCAGCCAGAGAUAACGUCUCAGCGCCGACAUCGCAUCGCCGUGAAAACAAAACGCUGCAGUCUACUGGAGGUGGUUUUUGCUCUGAUUAAAAUUUUUAUUGAAAUCUCUCAAAUGUUACCAAGAAAGAGUUUUUGCCAGAGGGGGGAGGAAAAAAAAAAUAGCUGAACAAGCAAAUUCAACAUGGGAGCUCCCUCUGCUGGUCUGCGGGAGGUUGACAGGUUACAAACACAUUCCCAGAGACAAACCUAAUCUGCUGGAGAAGUGGGCAAAAGACAGGUGUGUUGGGCUUUGCCUCAGGAGAGAAACA